UAAUAGUCUAAUAUUUUUUUUUUCUAUAAUUAAAUGCGAAGCAUCUUAAUUGGAUUAUUUGCGGCAAGUAGUAUAUACGCUAUAUCAGCACAAACUAUCGAUGAUUACAAGAUUACAUCAUUACCUGGAAUUGAUGUUGAUGCACUGAAUUUUACACAAUAUGCAGGACACAUUGAAUUAUCAGCUAAAAGUAACGCUAAUAUCUUUUUCUGGAUGAUCGAAAGAGAAAUAAAGACAGAACCUGAGAAAUUAAUAAUUUGGUUGAAUGGUGGACCUGGCUGUUCAAGUAUGGAUGGCCUCUUUUUGGAGAAUGGGCCAUUUAGAGUGAAAAAAGAUCUAUCUUUAACUCUAAAUGAAGGUGGUUGGCAAAACUAUGCAACAAAUAUCUAUGUCGAUCAGCCUGUUGGUACUGGCUUUAGUUUUGCUAAUACAGACAAUUAUAUGCAUAAUAUGAGUCAAGCAACAGAUCAAUUUACUCUAUUUCUAGAUAAAUUAUUUAUUCUAUUUCCUAAUCUUCGUCAACAAGAUCUUUAUAUUGCUGGUGAGAGUUAUGCUGGUACUUAUAUACCUUAUUUUGCUUCUCGUUUAUUAGAAUUAAAUAAAAAAAAGACUACAGAAGAAGAAAAGUAUAACUUGCAGGGCAUUGCUAUUGGAAAUGGUUGGAUAUCGAGUAUACACCAAUAUAACGCCUAUUAUGAUUAUAGUGUGAAAUACAAUUUAAUAGACCAUGAUCGUAUACCACUUGUAUCUGCUCAUCUUAAAACUUGCCAAGAUGAAAUUAAGCAAAACGAAUUAAUUCAUAUACCUUCUUGUGAAAAGGUUUUGACUGAUGUUAUGGACAAUAGUAUUCAUGAAGACAAAGAUGGCAUAAGGAAAUGUCUUAAUACAUAUGAUAUACGAUUAACAGAAGAGACAUAUCCUAAUUGUGGAUUAACAUGGCCCUAUGAAUUAGAAGAGGUGACAAAGUAUUUACGUCAAAGUGAAGUGAAAAAAGCAAUUCAUGCCGAAAAGCAAAUCUUGGGAUGGAAAGAAUGUACUGCAUUAGUAUCAAGUGAAUUUAAUGGGGAUCAAAGUAAACCUUCAUAUUAUUUAUUACCUGAUAUUUUAAAGGAAAUACAAGUUUUGUUGUUUAGUGGAGAAUAUGAUUUGAUUUGUAAUUAUAUUGGUACAGAAUAUUUAAUUGGUAAUAUGACUUGGAAUGGAUCAAGAGGUUUCAGUAAUACGACCGUGAAAGAAAGUUGGAAGAUAGACAAUAGAAUAGCAGGCUAUUAUACUCAAGAACGAAAUUUGACUUAUGUAUUCAUUAAAGAUGGAAGUCAUAUGGUACCAUAUGAUCGACCGAUAGAGACACUUGACAUGAUCAAUCGAUUUAUGAAUGUAGGUGAUGGUAAAGUUAAAGGUAAAAAGAGUCAAGUGGGUGAACAGGAAGCUGUGGUAAAGAUACCUUCACCUCCUCCUCUUAAAGAUGAAAAGCACGAUAAUAAUACAUCAACAAAUCAGAACCAAAAAGAAGAAAGUGAGUCUUCUCCUCCUGUUUGGAAUACAACGGUCUUCAUAGGUGCUUUCUUGUUUGGCCUUUCUUUAUGUUGUUUCUGCUGGAUUCGUAAUAAUAAUAAUAAAAGAUCAUCGGGAUCUGCAGCUGUAGAAUUUGGGGGAGCUCCUCGGCGUCAACAUGAAGGUGUUAAAAGACCUACUAAAAAUACUAUCUGGAGUUUUAUUCGCCACGUGUUUAGUAAACAUGCUGAGGAACGAAAAAAUUUUCGCUUGGAUGAUAAUGAUGAAUCCAAUGAAUUGGAUGAAUUGGUUAUUGAAACACCUACUCUAUUUGAAGCUGAAUCGUUAUCUGAUAGCGAUGAUCAGCAUGAGCCACUAGAGAAUCAAACAAGACAUCAACAAAGUCGUAGUAAUAAAGCUUUAACGCAACAUUUCUCACUUUCGGAUGAAGAGGAAGAUGAUGAUUUUACUGACUUUGACGAUGAAGAAGUGUAUGUAGCUAAUAAGUAAAUAGACUAGAUAUAUAAAAUGCAUUUUAUUAUUAAUAUAAUAAUAAA